CCAUGUAAUCUUGAUAUGAAUGAUUCGCAAAUUAAUCUUCCAGAAUAUAAAUUGCUCAGGAAACAUCUGUACGCGGUAGUCGAGCAUCUAGAUACUUGUGAGACAUAUAGGUUUGCUGUUGGAGUUUAUGGACCGUAUGGUAGUGGUCCUUUGAGCUUUGCACAUCAUGUGCAUACGAGUUUCAAUCCACGUGCCGCACCAACAGAUGUACGUGUACUGCCGUCUGACAAGGAUGAUACUAUAACUAUUAUUUGGGCUGCCAGUUGUCAUGUAAUCGAUUCGCUUAUCGCAUAUACGAUCACUGUCACUGAGCUAACGUUGAAUAAGCAUUUUGCGGUAACUCUGCCACCAACAGAUAAAACAAUAAUGAAUCACACGUUUAAUUCUAUAAAUUAUGGCAGCACGUAUAAUAUAGUUAUAGCAACGGUCGUUGAAAAUACCUUGCCAAGUCGACCGGUCAUCUACACGGCCAUUGCGAUACCGCCACCCCAUCAGCUGUUGGUUGUACCCGAGAAGUCGGCGUACGUUCUAUUUUGGCAGGAGCAUGAUCUACCUGGAGAUUUGGAGAACUCGAAGUACCAUUAUGAAAUUCUAGUGAUGGAAGAAUCGAAAAAAAAGAACGAAUCCACUGCUACAAUCUUCAAGGUUCAUAACGUGUGCGAGGCUUACCUUAUUGUUUUAAAAAGUUACCUAUCUUCGUCAAAUUGCUUUAGAAUAAUACUUAUUUAUACAGUGUAUGGUUUAAUUCGAAACACGUAGAUCUCUUGUAAACUCUUGCAAAAAUCUUUCAGACAAAACUUGUGCGAUGCGAUAGGGCAAGAGCACACGAAGGGUAGUUCUUACAGUAAUACACAAUUGCUAAUACAA